GCAAGCAUUCGAACGUCAUACCGUCUGCCCGCUUCGUUUGUGCUGGCAAAAAUGUCCACAUAGCAAAGUUUAUUUUUAUUACACAAAGCAGCAGCAGAACGGUGAAGCUGGUUUUGCCGUUCUCUGCACAUCGAAAGUGAAAAAAUUGCAGAAGAAACAGUGCUCGAAAAUAUUUACAUUCUUCAGACGCGGGAAUUAUUGGCGGAGCAAAUUAUACUUUGCAAAAACUGGUAACCAUUGAGGACAACUAACGAUGAGCUCGUUCUUCGAUUUAUUUGACCCGACAGCCUGCUCGUCAGGAGGGUCUCUUAACAACAAUGACGAUGAUGACGACAUGUUCCUUUCGUAUGACGAAUUCCUCUGCAAGAACGAAACCAAACAUCCGGUGCAGAUUCCCACAAGACCCAACCACAAUCGUCAUCAUCGCCAUCAACAGCAUCAAAACUUUGUGCAGCAGUAUUCACCCACAUCGACACUGAUUGAUUUUGAUCUGGACAUCCUUCCGCCAGAGCCCCAGCUGGGCAACAUCGAGUACAAACUGAAGCUGAUUAAUCCCUCCAAGCAGCGAUUUGAGCAUUUGGUAACUCAGAUGAAAUGGCGCCUGAGGGAGGGUAACGGGGAGGCAAUCUACGAGAUUGGCGUUUCCGAUUCGGGCCAGCUGCACGGUCUCAGCGAGGCCGACAUGAACUGCUCGCUGCAGACGCUGAAUCAGAUGGCACGAAAGUUGGACGCAUCGACGUCGGUACUGCGGCGUAAAAUCCUCGCAGCCGGACGGUCGGUAGUGGAGGUGUUGGUGAGGAAAAUUCCGGACGAUCAGCAUAACAUAGAGGUGCGAGUGGCUGUGUUGGGUGGCGCUGAUGCGGGAAAAUCCACCUUGCUGGGAGUGUUGACACAAGGGGAGUACGACAAUGGAAGAGGACGAGCGAGACUGAAUAUGUUUCGCCAUAUGCACGAGAUCCAGACGGGCCGAACGUCUUGUAUUUCCCAUGAAACGUUGGGUUUUGAUCAACAGGGAAACGUAAUCAACUACAAAUUCAACGAGAUGAUGACAGCGGAGGAAAUAAGUGACAAGUCUACCAAGCUGGUGACAUUCAUGGAUUUGGCCGGUCACCGGCGUUAUUUGAAGACCACAGUGCAAGCUCUGUCCGGAUAUUCCCCCCACCACGCAAUCAUAGUGGUGGCCGCUGGAAGUGACAUUAGCAAUAUGACUAAGGAACAUCUUGCAAUUGUUCAUGCGCUGGAUAUGUCCUAUUCCAUUGUGGUUACUAAAGUUGAUCUCGUUCCACCGGAUGAGGUUCUGUUCGAACUGAAGAGUCUGCUAACUGCCGUAGGCUACCGAAAAGUGCCAUACCUGAUUUCCAACGAAGAUGACGUACUGAACGCGAACGCACAUCAAAGCCUGGAACAGAUCGUACCGAUUUUCUGCGUUUCGAAUGUCAGUGGUGAUGGACUGGAUCUGUUGACCAAGUAUCUUUACGUGCUCUCGCCGGGAAUCAGCAAUUCGGAGAAGGAACGGCUCGAGCAGGAGCCGAUCGAGUUUCAGAUCGAUGAGAUUUUUAAAGUGGCCGAGGUUGGGCCUGUGGUUGGAGGGCUUCUGUGCAAAGGUGUUCUGACAGAGAACAUGCAGCUGAAGAUUGGACCUCUCCAGGAUGGGACGUUCUUCCCUGUGACAGUACAAACUAUUCAUCGCAACAAAGCUCCGUGUCGGGUAGUACGAGCAGGCCAGAGCGCUUCGCUGUCGUUCUACCCUACCGACAAUUUGCCACCGCUGCGCAGUGGCAUGGUAAUACUGCCAGAUUAUGACGAUGAAAAUGACGCCUAUGGGUCAUUUUUCUUCCAGGAGUCCAAAAUGAUCGGCUGUGGGUGCCGAUAUUGGCUGGCAUUCCCCCGUCCCACAUAAACAUCCCGCGGUUCCAGAGCGUCGGUGAUGGGGGGUCGUAUCCAGGCGUGGGAAGCUUCCACUGGUGUUUAUCGAGAAAAACGUGAAAAUCAACGCCGCGUACUAUAAAACCGAGGUUCUGGAGAAGGUUGUGGCCCGACACUUUGGGACCUCUAUGGGAAGAAACAUUACGUCCUUCAACAGGACGGCGCAUCAGCCCACAUGACGAAUAUCGUACAAGCGUGGUUUCGGAAGAGUUUGACUGAUUUUCUCGAUAAAACUCCUAGCUUCCCGGACUUUAAUUCCCUGGACUCUUACGUAUGGUCGUACAUACUGGCCUAGCAGAGGGCGUAAAUGGUUCCUCUUUCCCGAGUUUUCUCAGGUUUUUUUUCAAACAAAAGAUAAUGGUCCCACCUCAUUACCCUACAAAGGUUUGAGAGGGACGACUUAUCUUAUUGAUAACUAGCAGACCCGGCGAACUUCGUCCCACCCACAAUUGAUAUUUUGAGUUAAAUCAUUUCGAACACUCAUGUUCCCACAAAUUAUUUUUAUGUACGUGAUCUAUACUCGUGGUAUAUAAUUUCUUUUAUGACAUAUAAACCUGGUGCAGACUAAGACGCAUCAAAUUUGAUACUGACUACUUAAAUCAGUUAAAUCGUGAGGAACGGACACCAAAUCAUUUAUCCUGUAUGAGAAAUGCCAAUCAGAUCGCUUGCUGUAGCGCCAGCCUAUAUACCCCCGCUAGCUUAUCGCUUAUUGAUGGUAAGGAUUUUCUGAAUUUACGACAGCAAAACCUCAUGCGAAACCAUGUUGGUAGAAUACUCGACUUAGCGUUCACCAAUAUAGCAUACGAUUCUAUUACGAUUAACUCUGCUCGGUUGCUUCGUGUUAAUUCUCAUCAUCCCCCGUUAGUGGUAUCGAUUUCAAACCCGGUUCCACCCGAUAACGCUCCUAAGAACAUUGACAGAAAUCACCUACAUGAAACUAGAUUUCGAUGACCUAUGCCACUAUCUCUCAAACACAGAACGGAAUUUUGUCAUGGAUGCUGAUUGCGUAUCUGUUGCAAUCUGUUGUGCAAAAUCGAUAGCUGCAUAGGAUUUAUAUGUAUCGACAAGAUUGACCUUUCUUUAAAUAAUUACUUUAGCGAAAUUAUUACAAAAAUUACGCGCUACUCUAUAUUCAUAACAUGGGAACAUAUGUGUCUUUACGUAAAAAUAUUUACUUUUAGCGUCAAAGCCAAAUACAUGGAGAAAAAUAGAAAGUCCUGUUAUGGCUAUGACCCAUAUGAAUGGAAGCAGAUUGAUUAUUCAAAAAAAUCCACAAGAACAGUGCAAAGUGCAAACUACGCAUUGCUAUUGUAUAGCCGGACUAGGCGAAGUGUGUUCCCAGGCUUUGUGCUUAUUUCCCUGGAAUGCUGGUCUCGUGAAGAAGUAGAUUUUUAUUGAGAGUGACUACCUUGAAAAACCUUGAAAACAAGGGUAUUUCAGGGAAUUUCGUCACCAAUCUGGAAAAAAUUAAAUUCCGUCAAUUAGAAUUUUGAUUAUUACAGUAAUUAGAAAAGUAGGAUUUAAUUCCGCUUCCUAGAGCGGCCCAAAGGAUCGAAUGAAAUUUUCCAGCUUGCGAUUUCGGCCAUGAACUGAGACUAAAAACCACCGCAAUUCACGUGCUAUUUUCGGACACUUUUAUAACUCGUAGCGCAGAGUAAAAAUUGCACUAAUUCGAUAACGAUGCUGAUUUUAUUUAUUUCACCUUCAGCGAUGGAAUAUUCCUCAAAAGACACCUUUUUCGAUUUAAUACAAUUUCAAAAUUCGUUUAAUCACCGUUCACGUUUAUACAAAAUGGAUUAGGUAUAAUAUAGGACUGAUCUCGUUCUUGUUUGGAAUUAGAAUCUGACAGUGUGAAGAUCAAACAGGGUUUUUUUCUUAUCUAUUGCGUAAACCAUUUUCUUGUUCGUUGUAUGGUUGGUUGAACUUUUAAGGCGGCACGAAAGUUUUUGGAUAUUCAUUUCAAUUUCGUUCACAGUAUAUGAUUUUGCCUGUAGGUGAACUUAGUCCUUCCGAAGGGUAAACAGCGUAAAAGUAGACGGCUUUUAUAUUUGCGCUGUUUUUGCUAGCAUUUGGCAUCAGUACCUGCAGUUUAGCUAUAACCAAUUCCCUUCCUUUUUUCUUCUUCAAAAACUAUCGAUAAAUUCAUGCUUGAAACUCAUACUAUCAAAGCUGUGUGGCCUGGAAACAGUUAUGUGUCACAACUGCUGAGAAAGACAUGGUUUUAUGGAAAGAAUGUUUCAUGAUAGCUAGAAUACUGUAAAAAUCUAGCACUGAUACAAUAUUGCGGCAACGAAAACAAUAAGUUUGCCCACUAUGAUCCGAAAAAUUACCGACUGGAGCAUUUCUGGAAAGGACAGGUUUACGGAACUUUUUAUCAGUCUUCUGUCUCUCAUGUGGAAAGCUCAACGGUGAGAAGGCUUUUCCAUCAAAAGCGAAUGUUCGGUUGUGCUGUGCGACAAAUUUAUUAUGCUACACUUCAUUUUGGAAGGAUAGAAUCGAUAGCAUCCAUACAAAUGAUGAGCUAGUUAAUUCAACUAGUUCGAAAUUCUCAUCCUCUUUAUCUAAAAGACAAGAAAAGUCGCAAGUCAUAUGCUGCAAAUGAAUCACAGUAUGGAAAUAUGAAUGGUUAGAAAGGAGCCGAAAGAUUGCAAUAUAAAGCAUUUCGUUAGAAUCGCAACAGUUUCCUGAAAAUAAUCCGAAUCAAAAUUAAAAUGACUCAUUCUGUACUAGUGUUUCAGACUCCUUCAAGAUAAUUGUGAACUGUAUUAAUAAAUCCAUAUUUUUAAAAUCUUUUACGACACUUCUCAGUCGCCGUUUAGGUCAAUUUAAAAUCACAAACAAUUCGAUAUCGUUGACGUUCUUAACUCUUUUACGGGUAGUGACAACUAUAUUGCCACCAACGUUUUUAUUUUUUCUCUUUAACGUUAAAUUAUCACUUCUAGCCUUAUGUGGUAACAAGUUCUGAUAUCUAGCAACAUGACUGAAUUUUUAGAGCGCGAAAAAAUCGAAAACUAUUCAUUUUGGAGCUAUUUUUGUGUUAACAACUCCCAAUUUAAAGCAGCAAGAGCAAAUUUCCCGAAAAGUCAUUGAGAAACUGUCAAUUUGUUGAUGUUUUCAAUACAUAUGAACUGUUAAGGACCUGCUGAGUCUGAUCAUGAGAUUUAUUAGUUGUUUUUGUUGAUACUAACAUAAAAAAAUCAUUUUAACCAUCAUGUGUUUACCGCUAGACAGGCAGGUGGCAACUAUAUUGUCACCAAUUUUUGAUUGAUGUUGAUAUUUUGAGUAUUGAAAAAAAAAUGUUUUUUUUGUGUAUUUUAGCAUGUAAACAUGUAAUCGUAUUGUAGUUUACGUUGAUUUACAUGCCUAGUUCUUACGACCUGUUAAAGGGUUAAAUUUCAUUGUUUAAGCUAACUGAAUGUUUUAGGAACUAUAACUAAAGUACUAGUAGAGCAUUUGAUAACUAGUCUACAUCUGAAUUUUUUUCUGAAAAAUUACUGGAAAAUCAGGGAGUAUCAGAGAAUUUGUAGUCGACACCCUGAUAUUGAACAUUCGUUUGCAGACAUCCUUCACCGGUGGUUAGUUCCGUCAAAAAAGCAGUUGAUUAUUGUGAAAUUAUGGACAUAUUCAAUCUACUUCCAUUGAUAUGGAUCAUAGCCAUAACGGAAAUUUCUAUUUUUCUCCGUGUAUAAGGCUUUGACGCUAAAAGUAAAUAUUUUUAUGUAAAGACACAUAUGUUCCCAUGUUAUUAAUAUAGAGUACCGCGUAAUAUUUGUAACUAUUUCGCUAAAAUAAUUAUCUAAACAAAGCUCAAUCUUGUCGAUCCAUAUAAGACCUAUGCACGCUUAGUGAAUUUAUUUUUGUUCAGAAAAAAAAUCCAAACGAAAAUUUUGUCUGAUAAUGAAUUUAUACACAGUGCAUUCAAAAAGUUCCGGGACAACCGCGCGCUAAAAUCGGGAAGUGACGCUAUCUCUGCUCAAACGCGCGAACUACUUUCCGCCAACUUCUGGCCAGCUACCGUUUCUACCGUGAACCGCUAUCUCGAUUCAGUAGCUAGUUUUGGCUGAUAAGAGUAACGCAGUGAUUUUUUGUCGCGUCACAAUUUUAAUUAUGGAGCAGAGAACCGCCAUCAAAUUUUGUGCCUCAAAAGUGUCCUGGAACGAUUAUUGGCAUCACCCAUCCCCCAUAUUCUCCGGACCUCGCCCUGGCAGACUUUUUCUUGUUUCCCAAGCUAAAGAACGCUAUGAAAGCGGACCGUUUUGACGAUGUCCCGGAACUUUUGAAUGCACUAUGUAAUGUUGAACACGUUGAAUUAUCAGUUGGGAGAGCAUUGGCCAUGUUGGAGUUGGAUAGAUGUUGUCGCAUUAUUAGUUCAUUCUUUAAUUUAUUAAAUGCUAUUUGACAUUCGGGGGUCCAGUCAAAUUUUACGUUUUUUCUUAGCAGUUUGUUCAAUGGGUGUGCUAUUUCUGCGAAAUUCGGUAUAAACCUUCGAUAAUAAUUACAGAAGGCUACAAAAC